AUGUCGGACACGCAGAAAUGGACUGCGACGGUGGUCAGAAAGCAAUUUUUGGACUUCUUUGAGGAAAAGGGUCACACUAUUGUGCCCUCGUCCUCUGUGGUCCCCCACAAUGACCCUACCCUCCUCUUUACCAAUGCCGGUAUGAACCAAUUCAAGCCAAUCUUCCUCGGAACUGUAGGCAAGACCGACGAUAUGGCGCAGCUGAAGAGAGCUACCGAUUCGCAGAAGUGUAUACGUGCGGGCGGAAAGCAUAACGAUCUCGACGAUGUUGGCAAGGACAGCUAUCACCACACCUUCUUCGAAAUGUUAGGCAACUGGUCGUUUGGAGAUUACUUCAAGCAAGGCGCUAUUGAGAUGUCCUGGGAGCUUCUUACAAAAGUCUAUGGUCUCGACCCUGACCGUCUCUACGUUACUUACUUUGAGGGAGAUGAGGCUGCUGGUCUUGAGCCAGAUUUGGAGGCCAAGGGUCUCUGGAGUAAAGUCGGUGUUGCGGAUGACCAUAUUCUGCCCGGAAACAUGAAGGACAACUUCUGGGAAAUGGGUGACCAAGGUCCUUGCGGGCCUUGUAGCGAAGUGCACUAUGACAGGCUAGGAGGCGGUCGAAAUGCUGCUCACCUAGUUAACGAAGAUGACCCAAAUGUCCUGGAGAUUUGGAAUAAUGUGUUCAUUCAAUAUGACAGACAAAAGGACCGGUCCUUGAAGACUCUGCCUGCGCAGCAUGUUGAUACUGGCAUGGGUUUCGAACGAUUGGUCUCAGUAUUGCAAGACAGGUCAUCCAACUAUGACACGGAUGUCUUCUCGCCUCUUUUUGCGAGAAUUCAGGAAGUUACAGGGGCUAGGUCAUACUCUGACAAAUACGGAAAAGAUGACGUUGACGGAAUCGAUACUGCCUACCGUGUAGUUGCGGAUCACAUUCGUCUGCUAACCUUUGCUAUAUCUGAUGGAGGUGUGCCCAACAAUGAAGGAAGAGGCUAUGUCGUUCGGCGUGUGUUACGGCGAGGGUCUCGCUAUGCUCGCAAAUACUUCAACGCUGAGAUUGGCAGCUUCUUCUCUCAGAUUCUCCCUGCGCUUGUUGCUCAAAUGGGCGAACAGUUCCCAGAGAUCAAGAAGAAAGAGCAAGAUGUCAAGGAGAUUUUGGACGAGGAAGAAGAGGCUUUUGCGAGAACAUUGGAUCGUGGUGAGAAGAUGUUCGAGAAGUACGCUGCUCAGGCCAUUAAGACGAACACGAAGAAGCUCUCUGGUGCGGAUGUUUGGCGUUUGUACGACACGUUUGGUUUCCCAGAGGAUCUGACUAAGAUCAUGGCGGAAGAAAGAGGUCUUGAGACAGAUGAUGCUGAAAUCGAGAUCGCAAAGGUGAAGGCUCGUGAGGCAAGCAAGUCUGUUAAGGAAGCUGCUCACACCUUUGCGAAAUUGGACGUACACCAAAUUGCUGAGCUAGACAAGAUUGGAAUUGUCAGGCCAAAUGACGACGCCAAGUUCUCGAAAGGCGACAGCAAAGGCAAGAUUCAAUUGAUUUAUGACGGCAAGGAUUUCUUGAAGUCUACUGAGGCACUUUCAUCGGGCAAGACUUUUGGUAUUUUGCUGGAUAAGACGAACUUUUAUGCUGAGCAAGGAGGUCAAGUUUUCGAUACUGGAAAGAUUAUCAUCGACGAUGUUGCUGAGUUCAAGGUGUUGGACGUUCAGGCAUAUGGUGGAUAUAUUAUCCACAAUGGUUAUCUGGAGUAUGGUCACCUAAAGGCUGGAGACGAGGUUAUUUGCGAAUAUGAUGAGCUACGGAGAUCACCUAUCCGCAACAACCACACCGGAACACAUAUUCUCAAUCACGCAUUACGAGAGCACCUGGGUGACGAUAUCAACCAGAAAGGUUCUUUGGUCGACCAGGAUAAGCUGCGCUUUGAUUUCUCUCACAAGGCCCAAGUCACCAAUCCAGAACUGAAGAAGAUCGAGGACUCAUCUAAUUCCUAUAUCAAACAAAACUGCAAGAUAUAUUCAAAGGAUGUUGAUCUUGACACUGCAAAGGGCAUUGAGGGUGUUCGUGCUGUCUUUGGAGAGACCUAUCCCAACCCAGUCAGAGUGGUUUCGGUCGGUGUCGAAGUAGAUACUCUGCUUGCAGAACCCCGAAAUCCAGAAUGGCGAAAGGUCAGUGUGGAGUUCUGUGGUGGCACUCACGUAGACCAGACCGGUUUGAUCAAGGAUCUUGUCAUUGUCGAGGAGAGCGGUAUUGCAAAGGGUAUCCGACGUAUCAUUGCCUACACUGGCGAUGCUGCGCACGAAGUCCAAAGACAGGCACUUGAAUUCGGCAAUCGGAUUGAGGCUCUAGAGAAGAUGCCACAUGGCGUUGACAAAGAGGCUGAAGUCAAGGCGACGCAGCAAGACCUAAAUCAGCUCACCAUUUCAACACUGACGAAGGAGCAGUUGAAGACGCGCUUUAGCAAAGUGCAAAAGGAUGUUUUGGAUGAGCAAAAGAAGAAGCAAAAGGCCGAAUCAAAGACCGCGCUUGACACUGUCACCGGCCACUUCGCUGAUAAUAAGGAUAGCAAGAUUUUUAUUGGCAAGCUACCUAUCUCUGCGAAUGCCAAGGCUGUCACCGAUGUCAUGAACCAUUUCAAGACCAAGGCGAAGGAUAAGUCUGUCUUUGUUUUUGCUGCAGAUGAUGGCCCUGUUGUGCAUCAUGGUGUCUAUGUCGGCACUGACCAUUUAUCUCAAGGUGUAAAAGCCGAGGAGUGGGUUGCUGCCGUGUCCGAAGUCGUAGGUGGUCGUUCUGGAGGCAAGGAACCCACGCGAACAGGCCAGGGCACGAAGCCAGAGAAGAUCGACGAGGGGGUUGCGGUUGCGGAGAAGUGGUUUAAGGAGAAGCUUACGCUUUAG